UAACUGAGACUAAAGACCUGAGCACCCAAAACCAACACAAUGAAGAGCUUUUUGCUUCUCAUCCUCUCACUGAUGACAGGUAUUGAAGCCUCAGAUGAAGUUGAAGUGACAGUAUGUAAAAAAGGACAGGUUGAAUUCACCUGCAAAUAUCCUGAAACCAACAAAAAUUAUCAAGUGAUCAAAGUAGCAGUCCCCAAGGGACCGCCGGUACCAAUCUCUAGAAACAACGUAAGGGAAAAAGUUGGCAAAUAUUCACUGUACCAUGACACACAGCAUAAAAGUCUCAGGGUGUCCAUCAAAUCUAUUAGACGCAGUGACAUUGGGGAGUACAAAUGUCAAUUUUUCAAACAACCUAACUCUAAACCUGCCAUAAAUGAAAUAGAGAUUGAAGAUGAGGAUAGGAGGUGCCCAGAACCAUUUACUCACACUGCGUACACAACAGCUAAAACCACCAUCGCAUGUGGACAUGGAGCAUUGAAGUCCAAUCUUUUCUGCAAAGACAAUGGUUUUUUCUGUGAGGACAUUUUAUCAACUGAAUCUUCUCGAAAGUCAAAUGGGAGAUUCACUCUCACGAACACAGCUGGUGGCUUCACAGUGUCCAUCAGAGAUGUGUCUUUACAGGAUGCUGGUGUCUACUGGUGUGGAAAAAAAUCAACUCACAGAACUUCCACUUCUAGAGUUUUACACACAAAAGUACAUCUGGACGUUAAAACUUCUCGAACAACAACACCUUCUAUCAUUCCGUCCACAUCAGAGCAUUCAACGGCGACUUCCGUCUGUUCAACCCCGUCCACUACUGCCAUGAGUCUGGAUACCUCUUGGUUAACUGCAGUCAUAGCUGCAGUCGUUUGUGUAGUUGUGCUGGUCCUCGUGGUUAUUUUGGUUGUUGUUUACAAGCGUAAUGAGGUUGGUGUGGAAGAUUAG